UGCGCAGCUCUGGCCGCGGCAGGCUGCGGGCGGAGGGAGCCGAGGGGUGUGGCCUGGCGGCGCGGCGGAGGUUCCCGGAAGGGCCCCGGCGGCUGCCGGCUGCCGGCUGCCGGCUGCGGGGCUGCGACGCGGGGCCAUGGCCUGGGCACGGAGUGUGGUGGGCUGGCUGGGCGGCUUCCUGCUGCUGCCAGCUCUAGGAAUGAUUCCACCUCCUAAGAAUGUUAAGAUGAAUUCAAUUAACUUCAAGAACAUUCUACAAUGGGAGUCACCCGCUUUCCCCAUGGAGAAUCUGACGUUCACAGCUCAGUAUGAAAGUUACCGGUCUUUCCAAGAUCAGUGCAAGAACACUGCCUCGACCCAGUGCGACUUCUCACUUCUGUCUAAGUAUGGUGACCACACGGUGAGAGUCAGGGCAGAGUCUGCAGAGGAGCACUCUGAGUGGGUCCGAGUCACCUUCUGCCCCAUGGAUGACACCGUCAUUGGACCUCCUGAGAUGCAUAUAGAAUCUCUUGCUGAUUCUCUGCAUAUGCGUUUCUCAGCCCCCAAAAUUGAAAAUGAACCUGAGAAGUGGACCAUGAAGAACUUGUAUAACUCGUGGGCUUAUCGAGUGCAAUACUGGAAAAACGGGACUAGCGAGAAGUUCCAAAUCAUUUCUCGGUACGACUCCGAGGUCCUCAGAGGCCUGGAGCCAUGGACAACUUACUGCAUUCAAGUUCAAGGAUUUCUUCUUGAUCAAAACAGAACGGGAGAAUGGAGCAAACCUAUCUGUGAGCAGACAACCAACGAUGAAACGACCCCUUCCUGGAAGGUGGCCAUCAUCCUGGUGGCCUCCGUCGUCGUGGCCUUCCUCUUCCUCCUUGGCUGCUUUUUCUUGCUGUGGUUCAUAUAUAAGAAGGCCAAGCACACCUUCCGUUCUGGGACGUCAAUUCCACAGCACCUGAAGGAGUUUCUGGGCCAUCCUCACCACAGCACGUUCCUGCUGUUUUCCCCGCUCUCGGACGAGACCGAGGUGUUCGACAGACUGAGUAUCGUCACUGAAGUGUCUAAAGGCAGCAGGCACAAUCCCGGAGACAGCUGUGCCCUGAGGACCCUGUGUGAGCCAGGACCUCAAGAGCUGGGAUCCUCACGGGCACAGGAGGAGCCCUUGCUGCUCACGUCCACCUCAGAAGUGUGAUCAGAAGGGCUGAUGGCCAGUAGGGACUGGUGUUGGACUUGUACAGACAACCCAAGAGCCAGGUUUUUAAAGCCCCGAUGAGAAAAAAUCCUCCAUUUGGAAGUUCGCAGCUUUACAAAAGCUAAUAGUUUAGCGACUGAGGGUGAAGCUCAGCUGUUGGACUUGUACAGACAACCAAAGAGCCAGGUUUUCAAAGCCCCAGUGAGAAAAAUACUCCGUUUGGAAGUUUGCAGCUUUAUAAAAACUAAUAGUUUAGGGGCUGAGGGUGUAGCUCCGCUGAUAGAAUGCUUACCCAACAUACAUAAAGUCCUAGCUUCAAUCCCCAACACCAUAUAAGCUAGGAAUAGCGGUGACUGCCUUUAAGCACAACCCUUGGGAGGUAGAGGCAGGAGGGGCAGGAGGGGCAGGAGCUCAGGGCCAAGCUGGACUGGAGACCCUGUCUAAAAAGGAAGAAGAGAGAGAGAGUCUUAAAUAAUUAUUUUUUGAACGACCACUGAAUGUAAUUUGAGCCCUUUGUGCUCACUGAAGCUAGAACCACAUUUAAAUUGUGACAAGCAGAAAUAAGGGACAAAACUGGAAACACUA